GUGUCUUGUUUUGUUUUUUUGCAAAAAGGGAUUUUAUUCAAAAAUGAAUAAAGGAAAACAUAAAAUUAGGAUGUGAAAUGAUCAAAAACAAACUAAUUGAGGAAAACCUGGAAUACUGAAUGAUGACAAUAAUUACUGCAAAGAUAUAGAACAUAAAAACUCAGUCGGGUCACUUUAGACCCAUGUUGUGCAUCAAGGGGUUAAAUAUAACACUUUUCUUUUUUUUAUACCUUCCUUCACUUUAAUAAUCUUAUUCUUCUUGUCCUAAUGUACUGUUUUUAUAAAUUAAUUAUAUACAGCAUUACAUUUUAUUGUGAAAAACAGACAUAACUUUGUCCACUAAAGCACAUUUGGCUGCUGAAACAUGACACAGAACUCUCGCAGUAUCUGGCGAGAACUUACCUACCGUGCGAGGCAACUCCCUGCAGCAUACUUUGAGGAAAAGACAUGUAGAAACAGGUACGCAGACACUUUAAGAAGAGUUGGGUAUCAUGUAUUUUACUCACGGCUUUCAGAUUCUGCACAUUGUUUUGAGUUUAUGAUUAAAAUAAAGCCUGAAUGAACGGAGUCCUCUAAAGCUCAAUCUGUUGCAGUCUGGAGCGGGCAAAUUUUUAUUACGUCCACCCCAACAACCACUCCCACUGACCUCCAUGAUGCUUCAUGUGAAGGUUCGUCAGUCUGGUGCCUUCACUGUCGUCUUCCUCGCCCUGAUACACUCAUGUGGAGGUUCUCAGGUGAUUGGUCAAUCUCAGCCAAUAGUUGGAACAGUUGGUGAUGACAUCAUUCUACCAUGCCACCUGGAGCCUGCAGUGGAUGCUUCAGGUAUGACUGUGGAGUGGACGAGACCAGACCUGGACCCUAGAUUAGUUCAUGGGAGGCGCGAAGGUUUGGACCUGAAGAGUGAAAAACAUCCGUCCUACAGAGGAAGAACGUCUCUGUUCACUGAUGAACUGAAGCACGGAAACAUUUCACUGAAACUCUCCGAAGUGAAAGUGUCUGAUGAAGGAGUGUACAGAUGUUUCAUCCCAGAACUGGGAAAAGAAUCAUUUGUUCACCUUGUUGUUGGUGCCGUCUCCUCACCGGUUAUCCGUUUAAUGAACAAUUCCAGCAGAAGGGUGGUUCUCCAGUGUGAGUCUGCUGGCUGGUAUCCAGAGCCUGAGGUGUUGUGGCUGGACGGUGAGGGAAAGCUCCUCUCUGCUGGACCUACAGAGACAGUCAGAGGUCCUGAUGACCUCUAUACUGUCAGCAGCAGAGUGACUGUGGAGAAGAGACACAGCAACAGCUUCACCUGUAGAGUGAAGAACACCUUCCAGACCAGAGAGACACAAACCUAUGAGCGUGUCAUCGUAGGUUCCGAUCGCUCAUCAGGGGGAGUGUCCUAUCACUCGCUCAAUUCAAGUUCAUAUUCUCCGCUCAUGCUUUCGCUGGUUGUUUGCCUGCCGGUCUUGUUUAUUCUUGCAGCUACCUUCGUCAUUUUGAAAUUCAGACAAGAAAAGUUCAAAAACAAGAGCAGGAGCCCUGAGGACCAAGCUGACCAGACCGAGGAAGACUCAUUCAGAAGUGAUCACAAAGGAUUUCAGGAAAUGGUGGAAGAAGAACAAAUGGGUCUUACUCUUAUGGCAGGAAGAGAAGAAGAGUAUAAUAUGAAAGUGAAAGUGAACUCAGAGCUCACGGUGAAGGACUCAGAGUUCACACUUUGA